CGUAACUCAAAGAGUCAACAUACAUGCAUUUAUAGUUUAAAGAAAUGAAAAUCUUAUAUGGUUUCUUAAUUUUCUUAGGUUUGAGUUAUUAUGCUCAGGCUAUGAUGAAAAAUUGCAUAUGUGAACCAGGACCUCCUGGUGAUCAAGGUCCCAACGGAGAUCAAGGACCGAAAGGCUAUAAAGGCAGUCAGGGUAAUCGUGGUGAUACAGGUCCUGCGGGUCCAACUGGACCUAAAGGUUUCACCGGCAGUAAAGGUGCUCGAGGUGCUGAUGGUGGUAAUAGAGGUCCUAAAGGUCCUCGUGGCCCUCCUGGUCCCGAUACACCUUGUCCACCAGAAUGUUUACCCAAUCCCAGAUCAUUUGUUGGACGUAGCAUUGAUUCUUUUGAACCUCAUACUAUAUAUAAAGUCACAAAAGAAGGUGAAAUGCAGCCGAUACGGAAACUACAACCAACACCGGCUUUGCGUGCCAUUAUGGAAAUGAUAAAGGCUGAGAAUUUAAAAAAUUUCGUAGAUGAGGAUGAUUUUUGA